CACCCUUUCCCAAAACUUUCUCUCACAUUUUUCAACGGCCGACCGGUGCUGACGUACCAGGGACGCUUCCCUCCUCUUUUCUCUCAUCUCCGUAGAUCUCAUUCUUCCGCUUCCUGAUCUGGGUUAGCUUUGUUUUUCUCUCCGCGAAUAGUUUUCGAUGGCCGCUCCACCUGUUAGAGCUCGAGCCGAUUACGAUUACCUCAUAAAGCUCCUUCUGAUCGGCGACAGCGGUGUGGGUAAGAGUUGCCUUCUUUUGCGUUUCUCAGAUGGAUCCUUUACUACGAGUUUUAUUACAACGAUUGGAAUUGAUUUUAAGAUAAGGACCAUAGAGCUUGAUGGCAAACGAAUCAAAUUGCAAAUUUGGGAUACUGCUGGUCAAGAGAGGUUUCGAACGAUUACAACAGCUUACUAUCGUGGAGCCAUGGGUAUUUUGCUCGUUUAUGAUGUCACUGAUGAGUCAUCUUUUAACAACAUUAGGAAUUGGAUUCGUAACAUUGAGCAGCAUGCUUCUGACAAUGUCAACAAGAUACUGGUUGGUAACAAGGCUGACAUGGAUGAAAGCAAAAGGGCUGUUCCUACCUCAAAGGGCCAGGCUCUUGCUGAUGAAUACGGCAUCAAGUUCUUCGAGACUAGUGCAAAGACAAAUUUAAACGUGGAAGAGGUAUUCUUUUCAAUAGCUAGGGAUAUUAAGCAAAGAUUGGCAGAUACUGACUCAAGGGCUGAGCCACAGACAAUUAAGAUUAAUCAGCCGGACCAGACAGCAGGAGCUGCUCAAUCUACCCAAAGAUCAGCUUGCUGUGGAUCUUAAGCAAAUCUUGUUGAAGAUGGGAUCACAGGGAACCAUUUUAAUGGGGAAAACUACUAUAUCUUUGAUGCUUGUAUUGUUCUCCCUGUUAUUAUUUUACAAUCACUACUCAUUUGGGCGUGAAUGGCAGAUCUUCGUAUUUUGAGAAAUCAGUUAUAUAUUAGUUUGUUUUCCCUCGAAAUUAUUUUUCCUGAGUUUGAUAGAAUC